UCCAAAAUCUCUAUUUAAAGCACACAUACCAUUACGUUCAUGAGAAUCGUCAUCGAGCAACAAUGGUGGGAAGAACAUUAAGAUCUGCUCUGUUUUUCUUCGUCGCUUUCUCUGCUCUCCUCACAUCUCAGCAUUCCAAUGCUUAUCCCCUCUCAACCCAAAGCCGAUGGAUCACGGACGACUUCAAUGGCGAACGAGCCAAACUAGUGUGCGGCAACUGGGCGGGACACCUUCAGCCGAUGCUUCCAGAAGGUCUGGACAAGCGGCCGUUGAAGGAGAUGGUGGCUCAAAUAGUGAAGUACAAGUUCAAUUGCGUGCGUCUGACGUACGCGAUCUACAUGUGGACUCGCUACAUGGAUCGCAAUGCGGGAAAAACCCUAGAGGAAUUGGACAUUCCGGAGACGGUGGAAGGGAUUAAGAAGAACAAUCCGUGGGUGCUGAACAAGACGCAUGUGGAGGCGUUUGAAGAAGUGGUGCGGGAGCUUGGGAAUCAGAAGGUGAAGGUGUUGCUGGAUAAUCAUGUGAGCGAUCCCAAAUGGUGCUGCGCCGAUGACGACGAGAAUGGCUUCUUCAAUGACAGGCACUUCGAUCCCAACGAGUGGGUGAAGGGCCUCACUUGGCAGCCCAACGCUUUUCUGGGAAUUCCGCCGUACGUGGUGGCCAUGAGCUUGAGGAAUGAACUCCAUGGUCCUCGUCAAUACGUGGGUGAUUGGUACAUUUAUAUGAGCCAAGGAGCAACAGCAGUUCACAGGGCGAACCCAAAUGUGCUGGUGGUUGUCUCAGGCCUCAACUACGACACUGAGCUUCAGUUCCUAAAGAAAAGGCCUCUUCACUUAGGUUUGGGCAGGAAAUUGGUGUUUGAGACACAUUUGUAUUCAUGGUCUGGAAUUGGAACACUAAAGCUGAAAGAUAUCUGGACUAAGCAGCCAUUGAACAGAAUUUGUGCCAGAGCCAUUAACGGCAUAGACCACAGAGCGGGGUUCCUUACUCGUGGCGACAAUGCUUUUCCUUUGAUUUUCACAGAAUUUGGGUUCGACCAAGAAGGUUCUACUGAAGCAGACAACAAGUACUUGACUUGCCUUCAAACCUACCUUGUUGGGAGAGACCUGGAUUGGGGCCUCUGGGCUUUGCAAGGUGGCUAUUACCUGAGAGAAGACCAGGUUCAACUUGAGGAGACAUUUGGUGUCAUGGAUGCCUCCUGGCAAAAUCUGAGGUUCCCAAACUUCACCCAACUCUUCCAACUCCUUCAAAGGAAGAAUCAAGAUCCAACUUCCAAAUUCCCUAUUGCAAAUAUCUUGUACUACCCACUGAGUGGCCAGUGUGUCCACGUUAACCAGAAGAAUGAGCUUGAAGUGGGAAGUUGUGAGAACAAGAUCGAGAGAUGGGUUCAUGAAGAUGGAUCUCAGAUUCUCUUAAGUGGUACGAACAAAUGCCUAACUGCAUCAGGUGAAGGGCUUCCUGUUGUCGUGUCUGAUGGUAAUAAUUGCCAGAGCAAGCAGAGUAGUUCUUGGAAGUCUGCGUCACUCUCAAAGCUUCACUUGGCUACGGUGGACCAGCAUGGCAAGCAAUUGUGCCUGCACCAGGACGCAAACUCUUCAACAAUUGUGACAAGAAGAUGCAUCUGUAUACUAGAUGAUCCUACUUGUUUGGACGAUCCCAGAAGCCAGUGGUUCCAGUUUGUCCCCACCAAUUUGUAGUUCCUAACAAUUUGUGUUGGCUCUCUCGCUUGUAGAAAUGAAAUUUGAUUAGGGGCGAUAUAAUGAGGAAGAACACGCUUUAAGUCAAUUGCACGCAACUUUUGAAAUGCUUUUAAUUAUGAACUACAGACUUGUAGAUCCAUAGUCCGCAAUGGAUUGAGGAUGUUCCCAUUUACCAAUUAUAACAAGGAAGAGCUAUUGAGUAUUCAG